AUGGACUCGGACAUUCCGAAGGGGAAGGGGGAGGCGAGCGGAGCACCGCUCACAAAUCAAAAAGGUAAGGAGGGUCAGGAAAUGGCUGCUCGGGAUGUCGUAAAAGAAAAUAAGACAGACCACAGUCCGCUGAAGAAAGCGACCCGAUCCUCGACCAAAGCCUUAGAGAACUCCAAGUCACAGAAGCCUCCGCGAGACCUGUCAGAGCACAUGCCAGAGGCGGGCGUGCUCGUUAGCUCCCAGCCGGCAGGGAAGACUGACGAGGAAAAUAUCUAUUUUCAAGAGAAUGACAACUUGUCCUCUCUUCAGAGCCGUCCACAAAUUAAACAACCUGAUAAGAAUAGGAAGAAACUGGCAUCUGCAACAAAGAACUUGGUAACGGCCUCUCAGCACCCUAGAUUUCAGCCCAUUGUGAAGCUAACAAGGAUCGAUUCCGUCAAAUCUCAAGGAGUGUACAAUAUAAAUCCAAUCCGCCAACAGUGUGCAGGAACAUUUAAAUGCAAAUUGAAUUCUAAAGAUAAUGGAGGGAUUCAUGGGAGUAAGAAACCGUAUCACUGUCCUGAAGGUGGGAAAGAAUUCUCAGAUAGUCCCAUGCCUAAGAAGCAUAGAGAAGAUAAUACAGGGAAGGAGCCAUACCAACGUUCUGAAUCUGUUAAGAACUUUUCAAAACAAACCCAUAGCACAACUCCCAUUGUAGAAAAACCAUAUUGUUUGUCUAAACGUGGCAAACAAUUGUCACAAGUGAGCCACCUUCAGACACACAUGAGAGAUCAUGGAGGACAGGGUUCAUGUCGUUGUUCAGCAUGUGGUAAACAUUUCUUUGACAAGAGCAGUCUUUGCAAACACAAAAGAAUUCACACUGGAGAGAAACCAUAUUGUUGUUUUGAAUGUGGCAAACGGUUCUCACAAACAAGCCAUCUUCAGACACACAUGAGAGUGCACACAGGAGAACAGCCAUUUACCUGUAAUGAAUGUGGCAAACGAUUUUCAGAUAGCAGUAAUCAUCAGAGGCAUUUAAGAAUUCAUACUGGUGAGAAGCCCUAUUGCUGUCCUGAAUGUGGCAAAAGAUUUUCCAACACGAGCAGUCUUAUGAGUCAUGCAGGAGUCCACACUAAAGACCAUCCUUAUGUCUGUUCUGAAUGUGGCAAGAAAUUCUCACAAAGAAGCAGUCUUCGUAUACACAUAAGAACACACACUGGAGAGAGGCCAUACUCUUGUCCUGAUUGUGAUAAGCUAUUCACCGAUAACAGCAGCCUUCAUAGACACAAAAGAAUUCAUUCUGGAUUAAGGCCAUAUUGUUGCUCUGAAUGUGGCAAGCGAUUCAUACAACCGUGCAGCCUGCAGCGACACAUAAGAACUCACACAGGAGAAAAGCCAUACCGUUGCUCUAAGUGUGGAAAACGAUUCAUACAGAAAACUCAUCUUCAGGGACACAUGAAAAUUCAUGCUAAAAAGGCAAAGUCCAAAGAGACUGUAAAUAACAAAAAGAAAAAAACUGAAAUAAUUCAGUUAGGUGUGGAAUAAAAAUUGGAAUUGCUUUGCUAGUUGGUUACACAAAAUGCAUUUGACAGAAAUUUGCACACUCAUUUAGGCAACCCUGCUUAUUAAUUUCAGCUCAUUUACAUAAAGAAAGAGGCAUUUGCUGAUGAUGCCAACACAGGUCUUACGAGUCUAAAAAGUCAAAUGUAAUGUACAAAAUAUCCAAAUGCCACAAGAGAUGAUAAACAUGCAGACUCCAAAAAUACAACAACAGAAGCAAAAUUGAACCAUACAAAGAUGAGCAAAUACAACCAUUUUUAAAAGGGGAGAAAGGUGUCAUUAAUGGAGGUUUGGCAGCUCUAAUAGUUAAAAAGAAAAGGCAGUUGGACGUGGUCAAGAUGGGUAGAUGCACAAAAGAAACAAGUUGAAGAAGAUAAGAUGAAAACGUACUCUUGAAUCCAAAGUGAAAAACUCCAUAACAGAGAUAAAAUUUAAAAACUGUUAAAUAUAAAGAACACUGACCACCUUCAGCCUCUUACAAUACCAAACCACAAUGUGCAUUUUUCCAUAGCAAUGGAAAUUGAGCCCAAAGAAAAGGACAUACAACUAGAAUCUUGAAACAAGUUUAAAUGUUUAUUCAGCUUUGAUUCCCCUUGUUGAACAUAAAAUAUAGCUUAUUAUCAUAUAUGCCAUUUAUUUCCACCAUGUUUACAUUUUUAUAUUGUGGAAGCCGGCCUGGACACAGACAGGCGGACAGUGAUGGUUCAACCCACACACGUUUAUUGUACAUAAUAUUUAAAAAAAAAAAAGUGCCACACAACUCCCCCAAAAGUCCAGGCGUCUAGCCAAUGCCUCUUUUUUCAGGCCACCUCCACUCCUCUCCAACAAGACUUGGUCCUCUCCUCGCCCAACUCCAGCCAAUGAAUGGAGGGAGGCGGUCCCUUUUAUACACACCCGGAUGUGCUCCAGGUGCCUCCCGAUUAGCUUCCACCAGCA